AUGAGAUAAAAACAUUUGUUUGAUGACAUGAUCAAUGUUAGAGAUAAAAUGAAUCAUAUUAAUGUAUUUCCUUAUUGAUAAUCAAGAAUAGAUUAAAAACUAAUUGUUCUACAAAUAAUUAUGAAUAUCAUCAUAUUACAAAUCUUAAGAUUAAAAAAUAUUGUCAUUUACUAAUCUAGAAUAAACCUCCUUAAUUUUAAAAAUAUUUUAUUUCUGAUCAAUUUCUAUUCCAUUUAUUGGAUUAAAGAGAUUAUGAAAAAAUACUUUAAAUUGCAUUGAAAUUUAUUGUUAAUUAUAUUUAGAAUUAAUAAUUUAUUGCUAAAUAAACUAAUUAAUUUUAAUUAUCUUCAAGAAAUACAUAAAAUAUUAAUCAAAUUAUAAGAGAUAUUGUUUCACCUAUCAAAUGUAAAAUUCAAUCUUAAUCAUAAUUUUUUGAUUAAUAAUUAAAAAAUAAUAAUCGAUCUUGUCAAACAUAACCUUGUUAUUCAAAAUCUUAAUAAAUGAUUUAGUUUAAUUUAGCACUUCGUUAACAAUCAUCUAUUAUUUCUUCAAUUUAAUAAGAUAAUCUUAAUUCUCCUAAAUUUAAUGAAAAUACUAUUAAUGCAAUUGAUGAAAUUUCUUUUGAAAAGUCUUGUAUGAAAAAAAGGAAUGAAAAUUUAAUUGAAAAUCAAACUAAUUAUCCAUUUAUCAAUCGAUAAAGUUAUCAAGAAAUUUAGGAAAGAAAAAGUCCUAAUAAUUUAAGUUUAUUAUCAACACCUAAGUAAAAAGAAUCUGAGAACAAAAAACUAGAAAUAGAUUUUAAUAACUUUUGUAUUCCUAUUUAAGAUACAAAAAGAAAAGAAAAAAAUAAAAGUUCUUUCCAAUGGUUAUCAAAUGAUAAGUUAGAUGAAGCUAAACUUAAAAAAUAAUUGCCAUAAACUCUUCAGCCCCAUGAUUUUAUGAAAAAAAGAUAGAAUAUUCCUGGAAGAAAAACAGGCACCAAUUUAUUAUUAAAUUAUUGA